AUGUCUGCCGAUGACCCAUUCUCCUUUCUGCCCGCGGAGCAGGCCAAACCCGCGAAAAAGACCCAUUGGAAAUCGAAACUGUUCUCCAAAGAUAAGAACAAAACUGCGUCGCAGCAAAAUCAAGAAAUCGCAGACUUUCUGAGCUCUCGCCCCGCAGAAUCAACUCCAGCUCCUCCACCUAAUGACCCCAGAUGCCUUCCUCCGCAAAACAUUGACGCUCACCGCUUUCCCUCCUCACAAGACGUCUCCGGAUAUCCUCCCCCCAAGUCAGUAACUGCGCCGGCUCCAGCAUCUGCGCCAGUCUUGCCUCGCGAGGACUAUGCACCGUUCAGUCUCUCAGACCAAUUUACUGCCGUGUCCGCUCCCACUCCUUCUGCUCAGCGCAGUGGUCGCAAAGGCAAAGGGCUACGCGUAGGGUUCAGCCCUCAACCUCCAGAAGUGAUUGGUGAAGGAGGCGAUGAGUCCGAAUCGCCAACAGUUGAGAUCUCGCGGGGUCGAGCACGGUCGGAAAGCAGGGGAAUCCAGUCUGGCAACACCCCUGGGUCACCCUCGGACCCUUCACGAUCGCAUCUGCCAAAUCUCCGACUUAAUACAUCGUUGGGCGAUGGCGAUGCGCGAUCCCGUCAGGCAGCUUGUUCGCCUCUGCGUGAUACAUCGGAUUGGAAACCACCGCUGAUGCGCAAUCCUCAGGAUGCAGAAUUCCUGAGGACGUUGCCUAGCGGCAACGGCUCUCGAUUGUCAUUCCGUGGCGAUGCCGAGGCGAUUGCGUUCGCAGAACGUGUCCGCGACAAGAUGCAAGCGGAAGAAGGUCGUGCAUUGCAUCAUCACUAUGAGGAGGAGAUAAUGUCUCCUGGAGCUGAAGACGAUGAUAUCUCACCUCCACCCAGCCCCCCCAGCCCUACCAGCCCGGAACCGCCCAUCAAAGCCUACAACGCUGAAUCUACCCACGAAACAGCCCCAACCGCGGGGCUUCCGCACGCGCCGUCUAUUUCUAUGUCGAUGAAGUCUAUUGUCGAUUCGAUUCGGAGCCCCUCAAGCCCCUCUACACAUCGCGCACCCCCCAAGCUCAGUCCCAUUGAUCCACGAAUGCCCACGAAUCUUAUCCCAAGUAGCCCCGGCAAGCUCUCACCAACACAGACCAAACCGCCACCCCAGGCACUGCCUGCAUCAGAACGAACAUCACCUCCUAGUCGCGAAGGCAACGAGCCGCCACACAGUGCCCAACCCCCCAAGUUCUCUCUUCGAAACAUUGCCAACCAAGUUGGUGAUACCGCAUUUUCUGAAUUCAAAAAGUACAACGCACGAUACGAGAAUUCUAUAAAACUCGCAGCAGAGGAAGUCAAGCCAUUGGUAGAAACAUCGCUAGCAGAAUGGAUUCGGGCUGCGGUCUGGUGGUUUUUGCGAGGAAAGACACGAUUGGAAGCGUAUGCUCGUUCCCGUUCGACAUCGCCACCCACUCACGCCAAGCAAGCCGUGAUCGAUCUUGGAAAGGCAUUAUGGAUAAAUGAGAAUGUUGUGCCCAGCCAUCACGAACUCUCUCAAUACGGUGCCUUGGGCGUUGACGCCCUAGUGGCCGUUGUAAGUACGACCGGCGAUAAGGAGUUGGCUGAUCUUCUGGGUAUUCAUCAAACCCUCACCAAUCACCUCCGAUCGCUAUCCAUGUCCAUCAAACGAAACAACAUCCUCGCAGUGGUUGCCUCAGACGAAGACUCUCCCAUCCAGGUGGAUACUUGCGUUUGGCUGCGUUACCCUUUCUAUGCGCCCGAUGUCUCAGCAGUCUUAUCUGGUGCGGCAACGAGAUCAAUGCUGGUAGAUAACGCGGGCAAGACUCCAAGUUUGGUCCACAUGAUGCCUUUGGGUGACACAAGUCGAUACUUCAGCUAUGGUAGCAUGUUCGUACAAGUUUGCGUCAGCUCCAGUGAUGAUGAUGGACAGCAGCAAUAUGCCAUGCCUUGCGCAUUGACCAUCGUCCGCGAACGAGCGGAUUGGUACGUGUUUGCGGCAAUUACUAGCCAAAGUCAACUUAUCAACAUUUUGAUUCAGUCCGAUCGCAAGCAGGGGCCGACUUGGGAGGAUGUGGAUUGGCAAGUACGGUCCAAUUCUAUGCAAGUGAAACUCCCCCGAGGAUUCGAGUUGGAUGUCACGUUCAAGGAAGAUGAUUUCAAGACUCUUUGGAAUAUCGUCAAGUACACCCAGAAAUCGGAGAACAGUCUUCAUCCGGAGGCAGGUGAGACUGUAGUAUUUGAGAAUACACUCAAGGUUUUCCAAUAUAUGGAUCCCGGCACACCAAAAGCGUUCCCUUCCGAACCCACGGAAAGAUGUCGAGUCCGUUUGUUCGAGCGAUCUGUCACUGUGACAGAAGGCACUGGUGCUCGCAAUGCGCAUCGCGGAUUCCGACUAGCUGUUCUGACUAGUCCGAAGGUGAAGACUUUGAGUAGCAUUCGCCAUAUCUUCGGUAACGGCUCACCGAUAGUGUUCGGUCUCUUACGAGGAGAGGACGGUUCUCCUGCUCUUCUCCUUAAAGUGACCGAGGACGGCCGUACGAGAUCUUUGUUGAUGACUUUCCAUGAGGUGGCCGAGCGUACGAAAAUCCAUUCCGUGCUGCUCGGUAUAAUUCCACGAGAGGGAGAGACCAAGUCGCCCGAAUUCGCUCUCAAGUCAUACUGCAUUGAGCAGCCCGAAGAUCCUUUCACUGGCCAGCCCACAGUCAAACACCUUCAGUUCCCCGCCGGAAGUGUUUCCGUUAUCGACCAGGAGCAUGCUUACGUCGAACAUGGUUAUGGACCGACAAUUCUAUCGGAACAUUUGAGGGCCUUUGUAGCUACUGAAUGGGGCUCUGUCACAGAUCGUAUCAACUUAGGGCCUGGUGAAUUGAAGAUUGGCUUGGAUGUUCAGAGCACGACGAGCAUGAGCUUGUUCCGCCCUGCGCAGCAGGAUCUGACUCUGUCGCUUGCGGAUAACCUCAUUCGCCCUGAGCUGGCAGGGCAAUUAACUAGCUUCCUCGAGAAGGUUGCCACGAAGCCUAUGGUUCGCCGGCUGGAAUUCCCCACCAUCCAAGAUCUUCAUGCCUUCGAGGCAGCUGUUACUGGCUUCCAGGUACUGUAUGACGGCAUGGCGACAUCGUUUACCAUCUCCCGCCGGCGGAGUAUGGUUCCUAUUUACAAGAAAUGGGAAGCUGCCCUGGCACGAGUCCAGGUCGUUCGACAAGAGAAAGUCGUUCAAAUGCUUGUUUUCUUCGGGGACUUCCAGCACGGCACAUGUAUGAACUUUGUUCUUAAGGGCACCGAUAUCAUGGAGUCCUUCAUCCGGUCCGGCAAGUUCGGCAUUCGUAUGGUAGAUGCCAAGUUUGCACUUCCUAAGAAGGACGAUGAUCCAGCUUCUAACUUUGUGUGCCUCGACAUGCCCGAAUAUCCCAUCGAGCACGACGAUCUCACCAUUACGUUCGACACAGAGGCUUCACGUGCAAGCUUCAAGGCAGCUCUUCCUGGAUCAGUGCGAGAACCAUCUCGCAUGGGCUCCAUUCGCCGAUAG